AUGACUAACAACCUAUUCGAUGAUACCGAAGAAACUGAUAUCGAAGUAGCAGAUACGUUCACACUACAUACUAUCGGACAAGGAUUUUGCAGCACCGUGUGGGCAUCUGAGACCAGUCCUGCAUUCAAAAGGGAGGGUGGUGGGCCUCAUCGAUCUUUGAUAAACGACUUUGAAAUGCACAACCGAGUUAUCCGAAGCUUACAAAAGAUCCCAACCUUACAACUCCAGAUCCAAAUCUCAGCCUGCUAUGGUUUCAUCGAGUCAACGGACCAGAAAUGA